GACCACGUGUACGUCUCGGCACCCUGGGACGACCGCGAGGGCGAGCCCUACAUUGUCGCGCGCGUCGUCGAGAUCCUCCAGCCUCAGCCAGCCAAGGCCCCCUCUUCCACCGCGACCACCACCACCACCGCGGCUCCCGACACCCUCCGGGUCCGCGUCGCCUACUACUUCCGCACGCGCGACAUCACCAACCGCUACGUCGCCGACCACCGCCUCAUCGUCGCCACCAUGCACGCCGACACGGUCCCGGCGAGCUACAUCCGCGGCCUGUGCACCGUCAAGCACCGCGACCACAUCGAGGAGCUCGAGACGUUCAAGCGCCAGGACGACUCGUUCUACUGGCACCAGCUGUACGACCGCUACCUGCACCGCUACUUCGACGCCGUCCCGACCUACAAGGUCUCGAACGCACCUCCCGAGGUCGUGCGCCACCUGAACGACAACUUCGAGUUCGUCCUGUGCGAGGUCGGCACCGCCGCCGAGCUGUGCGACGCUCAGCGAGGGUGCUGCGUCUGUCGCAAGUGGGCCGCCAAGCCCGAGUCGGUCGCGUGCGCGCGCUGCGCCCGCGUCUUCCACCUGACGUGCGUCGACCCGCCGCUCGCGGCCAAGCCCAAGGCGGGCUACGGCUGGUCGUGCGCGCCAUGCAGCAAGGCGCAUGACGAGGAGGUCGAGGGCUACGCCGAGCAGGGCUACGGCCCGCCGCCGGUGCGCAAGGCGGCCGGCGUCGUCGUCGGCGAGAGCGGCGCGGUCGUCGCUGCUGCUGCGGCGGCGGCGGCGACGGGAGCGCCGGGACCGAGGGGCGUCGGGAGCCAGAUGCUGCACGCGAACAAGAAGGGCAAGGCGCGGCAAGGUGCGUCGUGCCCUCUCUCCCUCUUGGCCCCCCUCGACGUCCGUCCUCGCCGCGCCGGACUGACCUCGCCUCUUGCUCGCAGUCGACGCCAACUCGCGUCCGGACCCGCACGACUGGCGCAUGACGCACGGUUGGCCGUUCCGCUACUUCGGUGCGCCCUGCACUGCCCCUUUCUCUGUCUCUCUCGUCGAGGCCUGCGUGACUGA